AUGGAUGUGAGAAGUCUGAAAGCAUCAACCAGUGAAGAACGACAAGAACAUCGGAUAUGUGACCAUAUCGAUACUCAGAUGCCAUCAGCCAGUGGUACUGCAAAGAGUACGCCAAUUCGUUCGUAUGGAAGCAAUUCACAAACGAGACAAACCGUUUACGCGAACAGCUCAUUCAAGCGUUCCUCAUUUCGAAAGCAUUUGGGCUCAAUGGUUCUCGUCGAGUCACCGACUCAAGAGGCACCACGCAAACGUCUUCUGAGAAAUCCAACUCAGUCGAUCGCCACUCGGAAUAGGACGUCAACAAAACACGGAUGCUGGGCGGUUUUUGUGGAUUUGAGUAAACUGUGUGUCUUCGUUGCCGUAUGCCUUACAUUAAUACUUCUGUUGGAAUGCUUUGUAUACCUCAUCUAUUUGUUCUUCUAUCGAUUACCACCCAUUCGAACCACAUCCAUAUCGGAAAGAAUCUCAGUCAGAUUCGUUCAACUCUUCAAGCAUUUAUACUACGACUUGACCACAUGA